AUACGGACAUCCGGUACCCUGAUUUGUUCACGUGUACCCUUCUCCGGAGGUCGGAUGAUCACAAAGGUCUUCAUGCGUCAUCAGCGCCUAGGCUUGCUCUUUCGCUCUGAUAAUAUAAAGGUCUCACGAAGACUACGUUCUUAUCUUCACCUCUACUCAGAAUAUCAACGAUGUCCCCCACACUCGCCUCUGCCCCUGGUGGUUGCUGUUUCUCCGGUGUAAAACACACAGGCACACCCGUCGGCCAUGUCGAGGACCUCGGCGGAAUUCUAACAUAUAUCUCCGAUCCUCCUGCUCCCACACAGAAAGUGAUACUCUUCCUGGCAGAUGUUUGGGGCCCGCUUUUCGUUAACAAUAAAUUAAUCCAAGAUUAUUUCGCGUCCUGUGGCUAUACCGUCCUUGGGCCUGAUUAUUUCUUUGGCGACUCCGUGAUGAACCAGUCUGAUAGUCAUCGCCAGGUGUGGAUUGAUAACGCCCGCAAACCUGCUAUCAAUGCGUUCCCCUGCUUGGCUAGAUGCUGUAAAAGGAAAAUAUGGGAGGGAGAAUACCAAGUACUGUGCUGGUACUGCUUCGGAGCCUCGUUCGUCAUGGACUUGUGUUCUGAUGGAUCUGUGGUUGCUGGAGCACUGGCUCACCCCGCAUUCCUCGAUGAAAGCCACUUUGAGAAACUUGACAGACCUCUCCUUCUCUCUUGCGCAGAGGAAGACCACACAUUCCCACUCUCCUCGCGUCGACGUGCAGAAGACAUCAUGGUCGCUCGCAAAUCCACGUAUUAUUUCCAGGUGUUUUCAGGCGUCAAACAUGGGUUCGCUGUACGAGGCGAUCCGGCUAUUGACAUAGAACGCUGGGCGAAGGAGGAGAGCGCUAAGGGAAUCGUGAGUUGGUUUGAUCGAUUCACGGUCUAGGUUGGCUAUGACGUGUACAUUUGUUGGGAGGAGCAAUAUUGCAAAUCGGAAAGUUAAUUGAAAUCAUCAGCGGCCUGUAAGAUUUAUGCAGAGUUGUCAAAUCAAAGGAAAAACAGCAUCGGUCAUGGUCUCGGUCAUUGAAUCUCGAUAUGGAUCCCUAUAUUGCUCUAUUUUGUUGCAUCACAUUGUUCGCCUUCUGGGAGCUUAAAAGGUGACAAUGAGUGAAGUGUCAACAUCCUCGUUGUGUCUAUGUUCGU